AUCCGCUGAGCCAUACGCAAGAUUCGUAUCUACAAUUCCACCUCCGCCCUGUCUUCUCUCGCCACUGUCCCUGUCUCGCUUGCCUCUGCUACCCAACGAGCUGGGCGUGCUGGUCGCACGUCCUCAGGAAUCUGUUACCGGCUCUAUCCCGAACUUGCUCUUAAGUCCAUGCCCACAACGACGCCCCCGGAAAUUACCCGCACAGAUCUCACAACCCCAAUUCUGCAGCUCAAGUCGUUGGGCAUCGAUGAUCUGAUGAGGUUUGAGUGGGUUACAGGCCCGCCCGCUGAGGCCGUGCUACGUGCGCUUGAAAACCUUGUCGCUGCGGGAAUGGUAGGUGAGGACGGAAGGCUGACAGUGACUGGGGAGAAGGUUGCUGAGUGUCCGGUGGAAGUGAAUAUUGCAAGGAUGCUGUUCGCAUCAAAGGAGCACCAGUGUGGGGAGGAGAUGUUGACCAUCGCAGCCAUGACGACUAUCCAGGACGUCUUCAUCAUUCCUGAGGGUGCCGCCGGUGCGCUUGCAGAACUCGAGCGUCGCAAAUUCACAGCCGAGGAAGGGGUGCGUCUCGGUUUUCUUCGCCGUCUUUAUUGCCGCGCUCACUGCCCCUGCAGGACCAUCUGACGCUCCUGAACGCCUACAAUGCCUUCACGCGCUACGGGCGAGCGGCAUCGUGGUGUAAAGCACACGCGCUCUCCUUCCGCGCAAUGUCCCGUGCGGUGUCUAUUCGUGCACAGCUCAAGAAGUACAUGCAGCGUUUCGGACUCCCGCUCGAGAGCUGUCAGGGCGAUGCACGCCGUCUGUGCCAGUGCCUUGUCAGCGGCUACUGGCGCAACGGCGCGAGGUGGGUCGCCGAUGGCACGUACCGGUCCGUGCGGGGCAAUGUGGUGAGUGUCCGCAGU